AUGGAAAAUCUUCUCAAUCAUCAAUGGUUUGCAUGUGGAUUCAAUAAUUAUCAUCAAAUUGACGAUGCAUGCCCUCCCUUUCAUGAUACGACAUCUUCAUCCAAUUCAUCUCAUCACUCGUUUCGAAAGCUUUUCUUUGAACCAUUUUCACACUCUUCACAUUCGAACGAUUUCGAUUCAAAUACACAAAAUUCUCAAUGCAACAAUUGUACAACAAGUCGACUCAAUCCAGCAUCCACUCGACAAGAUCGAAUUCAAUUAUUUUAUGGAGAAUUUAUUGAAAAUGUUUGCGGUGGAAGUUUUCACACAGUGAUCAAGACAAAUUUUCAUCGAGUGUUUAUUUUGGGAGCUCCUUGUAAUGAUUUUUCAGAACAAGAUUUUGCAAUUCUCGAAGAAGAAGAAGAAGAUUUAAAUGUGACACAUUGGAAACGAGCACUUUUUGAAAAUUCCAAAAUUGGAGAUGUGUCAAAUGCCUCUCUGUCACAAAACUCUGACGAAACCCAUUCAGAUAACGAUACACAAUCAUCACCAACGUUGGUGGCAAAUCUCGAUCGAGCACGAGAUGCAGAAUCGAAUCCAUUCUCUUCCGCUCAACCCUCAAUUCACAAAAAACGAACGUUUUGUGAAAUUUCCAAACAUCCCUUAUUAAGACAUUCUACAAUUUCACACAUUGCUUGUGGACGAGAACAUACCAUUUUAGUGACAUGCUGUGGAAAUGUGUUUUCACUCGGAUCGAACUCACACGGACAAUGCGGAGUGAAAGGAAUGAAAACUCUCCGAGGAGAAACGAGUAUCUUUUCAUUGAGGGUGAAACAAUUAACCAGAGUUGAUUUUUCACAUCUCUGUUCGAAUGAUACAAACAAGAAUACUAGUCAACAUGGAAAUCCUUAUUCUGUCACUAAUCAUCAUUCAAAAAUUUCCAUGAUUGGUUGUGGACAACGAUUUACCAUUCUUGUAAAAGACAAUGGUCUUGACAUGAUUGUUUUUGGAGACAAUGCCUAUGGACAAUUAUUCUUACCAAUCUCCAAUAGUACUUCCAGUAGUAGUAGUGAAAGAUCUCAAUCCAACAACAUUUUCGUUCCACAAUUUGUGAAUUUUCAACAAUUACAACAAUCGAUUCAUCCUUCUUGCAAUCAUGACGAUUCGAUCAUUGAAGCCUCAGAAAAAAUUACACAAUUAGCAGUAGGAGGUUUUCACACCCUUCUUCUCACUUCACAUCACAAUAUUUACGUUUCAGGAAGGAAUUAUGAAGGACAACUUGGAUUAGGAUCAAAUUUCACAAUGAAUUCCUCAAUAGCAAAUUAUGAAAAUUCAGCAAAUUCUGAAAAUUCCUCAAAUGAUUCCAUGACCAUGACUAAUUUUCAAAAAUUAACCUUUUUCGAUGAGAGAAACAUUCGAAUUGAAUCCAUCAGUUGCGGUGAAAAACAUUCUGUUUUUUUAACACGACAUGGAACUGUCUAUGCCUGUGGAUCGAAUUAUAAGGGACAAACUGGAAUUCAUUACAAUUCAUUGGCAAGUACGGAAUGUCUAUUAAGGGUCAUGACAUGUUCUCCGAAAUUGUUGAAUGGUUCUUCUUCUUCAACAAGUUUACAUUCAACAACAACAACAAAUUCUUCAUUGAUGAAGAAUCAAUAUCAUCAAUAUAUUCAUGAACCUCAAUUAUUGUUAUAUUUUGUAGAGAAACGAAUGAGAGUCAAGUCGGUGAGUUGUGGUGCCUUUCAUACGUGGUUUCAUGCAGAAAAUGGAGAGAAUUAUGUAUGUGGGAGUAAUGAGGAAGGACAAUUGGGAAAUGGUUCUCAGGCGCAUCGAUGUGAAUUGAUUCCUGUGAAAUUUCAUGUGAAUCGAGUGCAAUGUAAAAAUGAUCAGUAUUUGAAGAGGAGAAUGAGUUUAAUGAUGAUGAAUGAGGAUGGGAAUGGAGAUGAGGAACAUCAGGAUGCUAUUAGCAGUGGUAAUAGUAGUGAGGAUGAGGAAAUACAUACUGCCAGGAUGAUGAACGAAUUGAAUUGGAGGAACCAUCAUUAA